UUUUUUUUUUUUUUUUGAGGUGAUAGGGUGUUUCAUUUUUUUCAUUUGGAGGUGAAAACUCUAAACCCUUUCAUAGGACUAAAAAUGGUAUCAACACCAAGACAUGUGAGCACUGCCCAAUCUCAGUGUUAACACUGCCACCUAGUGACUUCUAAAUGACAAGAUGGUGUGAAGUACCUGUAGACAUUGUGGUCAGACGAAAUCUGUCGUCGUCAGUGUUGGGACCGAGAGUCUACUUGAUGUCGAAUGACAAGACAGGGAAUACGUAGCCCGAGGCUAAACAGGUAAAGUCAACAUAACCUACUAACACUUAAAGGAAUUUCUUGCCGCUCUGUGGUGUACGGUAAAACGUACAGCAUCAUGAUUCACGAUGGAGACUGCACGAUGUAAACAGGAGGAGGCGGGUUUGUUAUGUUGUGUGCUCUGCCUAUAGGGUGCCUCUUCGUCCGCCUCAUCAUGACAGCUCUCCUGACAUUGGUUACAUAAUGCGUCAGUCCUGUCACGCUGUGUAGCGUUACAUUGUAAUUAGUGCGGCUGCGUUAUAGGAAGAUUAUUCUGUCAUUGGUGUAAAUGGCUCUAGGUUGAAGUCCUGAUGUAGCCACCCGAAUCGAAGAAAAUACGAUUCUAGCAACAGGCCAUUCAUUCAAGCUAGAGGAACACCGAAUAUACAGGUGAUGGUACGAAAUAUCCCCUGAAAAAAGCAGAUCGGAUAAGCCACUUGGUAAACCUGCCUGUUGUUUCGUCGCCCAACACUGCAGAGGAGAAUCACAACGGGUCAAGAGGACAGAGGCAACGCUGAAUCAACCCUUGGCUUGGGGCAAUGUGCGCCUAGAUGACUACACGCCAACAACCUCGAUAGCCUGGACCAAGACAACACCGCAUCCUUUCUUUCUGCCCACGCACCUCGCGUUAUCAUACGACCAGCACGAUGGGUAACCAAGGGAUGGAGGACAUGAUCCCGCUGGUCAACAAACUCCAAGAUGCAUUCAGCACCAUCGGCCAGGCUUGCAAUCUUGACCUUCCACAAAUUGCCGUGGUCGGAGGCCAGAGCGCCGGAAAGAGCUCCGUACUGGAAAACUUCGUGGGAAAGGACUUCCUGCCCCGUGGCUCCGGGAUUGUCACUCGCCGACCCCUAGUCCUGCAGCUCAUCAGUAACCCUACAGAGUUUGCUGAAUUUCUCCACUGCAAAGGAAAAAAGUUCACCGAUUUUGAUGAGGUGCGUCAGGAAAUCGAGGCUGAGACCGAUCGUGUCACUGGAGCCAACCGGGGCAUCUCACCCGUCCCCAUCAACCUGCGGGUGUACUCCCCUCAUGUGCUUAACCUGACUCUGAUCGACUUGCCCGGCAUCACCAAGGUGCCGGUGGGGGACCAGCCCGCGGACAUCGAGUCACAGAUCAGGGACAUGAUCAUGCAGUUCAUCUGCAGGGACAGCUGCCUCAUCCUGGCUGUCACCCCUGCCAACAGCGACCUUGCCAACUCAGACGCCCUCAAGCUGGCCAAAGACGUGGACCCACAGGGUCUACGCACGGUUGGCGUGAUCACCAAGCUGGAUUUGAUGGACGAGGGCACAGACGCCAGGGAAGUGCUGGAGAACAAGCUGCUGCCUCUGAGGAGAGGCUACAUUGGAGUGGUCAACCGCAGUCAGAAGGACAUUGACGGCAAGAAGGACAUCAAAGCUGCCCUGGAUGCUGAGAGGAAGUUCUUCCUGACCCACUCCUCAUACAGACACAUGGCCAACAGCAUGGGCACCGCGUACCUGCAGAAAGCUCUCAAUCAGCAACUCACCAAUCACAUCCGAGACACGCUCCCAGCGUUCCGCAGUAAGCUGCAGACCCAGCUGCUGUCUCUGGAUAAGGAGGCGGAAGAGUACCGCCACUUCCGCCCCGACGACCCCUCACGGAAGACCAAGGCCCUGCUGCAGAUGGUGCAGCAGUUCUCUGUGGACUUUGACAAACGCAUCGAGGGCUCGGGGGACCAGGUGGACACUGUGGAGUUGUCUGGCGGAGCCAAGAUCAAUCGCAUAUUCCAUGAGCGCUUCCCCUUUGAGCUGGUCAAGAUGGAAAGUGAUGACAAAGACAUGCGUCGUGAGAUCAGCUACGCCAUCAAGAACAUUCACGGAAUCAGGACAGGAUUGUUUACUCCAGACAUGGCCUUUGAGGCCAUUGUGAAGAAGCAGAUCGUGAAACUGAAGGAGCCGUGCAUUAAGUGCAUUGACCUGGUCAUCCAGGAGCUCAUCAACACUGUUCGCCAGUGCAGCAAUAGGUUGGACACUUUCCCAAGGCUUAGGGAGGAGACGGAGAGGAUUGUCACUACGCAUAUCCGUGACAGAGAGAGCCAAGCCAAGGAGCAGGUUUUGUUGCUUAUUGAUAUUCAGCUUGCUUACAUCAAUACAAAUCAUGAGGACUUCAUCGGGUUUGCCAAUGCCCAACAGCGGAGUAGCCAGGCUAGCAACAAGAACACAGCAGGAAACCAGGCCAGCGCGGGCAACCAGGUCAUUCGGAAGGGCUGGCUGACUAUCAACAACAUCAGCAUCAUCAAGGGCGGUGCCAAGGAGUACUGGUUCGUGCUGACAGCGGAGUGCCUCGCCUGGUUCAAGGAUGACGAGGAGAAAGAGAAGAAGUACAUGCUGCCCCUGGACAACCUGAAGGUCCGCGACGUGGAGAAGAGCUUCAUGUCCAGCAAGCACAUAUUCUCCAUCUUCAACACUGAGCAGAGGAACGUGUACAAGGACAAUCGCACCCUGGAGCUGGCGUGCGACACCCAGGAGGAGGUGGACAGCUGGAAGUCUUCUCUUCUGCGAGCCGGGGUGUACCCCGAUAAAAAUGCUGUGAUGGAGGGUGGUGAGAGCUCCGGUCCGGCUGAGAACUUCUCCAUGGACCCACAGCUCGAGAGGAAGGUGGAGACCAUCCGUAAUCUGGUGGAGUCCUACAUGGCCAUCGUCAACAAGUGCAUCCGGGACCUCAUGCCCAAGAGCAUCAUGCAUCUGAUGAUAACCAACGUGAAAGACUUCAUCAACGCAGACCUGCUGGCUCAGCUGUACUCCACCGGGGACCAGAACGCGCUGAUGGACGAGUCCCCUGAGCUGGCCCAGAGGAGGGAAGAGGUGCUGCGCACCCACCAUGCCCUCAAAGAGGCACUGGCCAUCAUCGGAGACAUCUCCACCACCACCAUCACUACCCCAAUGCCCCCUCCCGUGGACAGCUCCUGGCAGGGAGCAGGGGGAUCUCGCAGGUCCCCUCCAGCCAGUCCCACUGCGUCCAGGCGGAUGUCGUCCGGACAGAGGCCCGCUCCUGGCCGGGGGGCCCCUCCGCCUCCCUCCCGCCCAGGCCCUCUGGGGCCCCUGAACAACAGCGCAGACUCCCCCCAGGUGCCCAGCCGCCCCAACCGGGCUCCUCCCAGCAUUCCCAGGUGAGUCAGGCCACAGGUAUGCCCCUCACAUUGACACUCCAUGCCUCAUGACAAAGGCCAUGAAACAGGGACUUGGAGUAGACUACUACAGAUCAGUUUGUU